CUUGUCUUUGCGUCCAGCGAGAUCUGGGGAAGAGCAACCCGCCAUGACCAAGGCUCCCUUCUCCGUGGAGUGGCUGUCUCAGAGCAGCCAAGCCACCCAACAGGCCCGGAGUGGGUCAGAAGCCCAGCAAGGCUGCUCUUCCGCCUUCCCCAAGGACUUCCAAACCCAGCAGGGCAAGCCCGGGUCUAACUCCCAGCCCGCGGUGACCCCCCUAAUCCAGAGUGGGAACCAAGUCCCUUCCAGAGACCGAGGGGCGCCUUCGGAACAGCUUUCGCUCCAGAAGAACUUGGAGUGUUCCUCCUCACCAGCCGGUCCCAAACGGGAGUGGAGCUCUGCGGAGUGCAGCUCCGACGGCGAGGGCAGCGUCGUCGAGGGCCAGGGGCCAGAAGACGCCGGGGAGAGAAACCCCAGCAGCCGCCGCCUGCGCACCGCUUUCAGCCUGGAGCAGAUCAGCACCCUGGAGAGCUUCUUUAAGCGCCACAAGUACUUGGGGGCCGCAGAGCGGCGCAAACUGGCCAGUAAGAUGCAGCUGACGGAAGUGCAGAUCAAAACCUGGUUCCAGAAUCGGCGAAUGAAGCUAAAACGGCAGCUACAGGAGAUGAGACCAGACCCUUUCCAUGCAGCACCCUACUACAGCUCCCUCCAUUUUGGACCUCACAGUGGGCCUCUGUCUUAUGUUUACUCACCUCACCAGCAGACUUUUACCAGAAGAGACGCUUUUCCUUCUGGUCUCCCUUUCUCUCCAGUGCCAUCUUCUACCCUGGAUCCCACAAGCACCACUGGGGGACAGUCAGGUGCCCUCUGGUCAAUGUCUGUGCCCUACUUUGUGGGAUACCCAGAUCCUAGAACGUUCUUCACGACUCUCUAGAUCAGUCAACCUGAAGGCACUGUGAUGACUCACAGAAGAAUUUGCACUAAGGCUGGCCCUUUGUUAUCCAGAGCUGUAAUUGCCGAAUGGAUGUCUGCUGAAAUUUUAAGCCCUAUAUGCUAGGGAGAUAUUUUGCACAGCGACACUUGCACAUAGGUGAGAGGCAAGGUAAUAUCCAUAUAGCUAUGCAGUGUUCAGAUAAAGCUAAUUCAUUUGGCAAGACCUUCUUGGGUCUUUAGUUGUACUGUAAGUGUGGGAUUGGCCCUGGAGAACACAAACUAGUUCCAAUUUGUUCCUCUUAUCUUCUAGGAAUCCAUGCAAUUUUGUAAAAGAAUAAUUUAUCCAAAAUUGGUCACCAGACCGUAUCUAUGAAGGAUUUUGCAAUAGCUUAUUCUUGAUUUAGGACACAUGUGCCUUCUGUUCUAAAAGUAAUGGAAUAAUAGAACUCUAGACAAGUUGGACACUCUUUAUUUCUUUGAAAAAACUGUCCUGUGUGUGUAAAGUGCCAUCAAGCCACAGACAAUCUAUAGUAACUCUAUGGGUUUUCAAGGCAAGACUAAUAGGCAGUU